CACUCACAUCCCCCGCUCACGCUCUUGCCGCUACUUCCCACACCAACCAACCACGGUACUCACCAUUACACCUCACUCUCUCUUACGAUGCUCGACCCGGUCCGCAACGUCCACGCCGCCCUCGAGCACAUUGCGCACCCAUGGCAGCCGCACCGUGUCGCCACGAUCAACAACUACGAGCUCAAGGCCGUCAAGCUGCUCGGCGACUUUGUGUGGCACAAGCACGACGACACGGAUGAGCUGUUCUACGUGCUCUCGGGGCAUCUGCGCAUCGAUGUCCGUGGGAGCGACGGCGAGGUGACGGUCGAGAUGGGGCCGGGGGACGUAUAUGUUGUGCCCCGCGGGGUAGAGCACCGGCCGCGGGCCGCAGAGAUGGUGACUGCGCUGCUGUUCGAACCGAGGAGUGCGGUACAUGAGUUGAACUAGAGACGGGUGAUGUAGCUGCGUACA